AACGCAUCACCGGGGAGGAGUUAGCCGAACAGUGAAGUUUAGCCUAGCAGGAAACAGACGUUACCACCGCGACAGAGGAGGAGGACAGAGCGCCUGUCCCCGUUUUACUGCUUUAACUGGAGCUAAAUCUCGAUAUUUCCUCGGGAAAUACAGUGUCGCUUGGUUUCUGGGAUUAACAUUGCUCGCUUGUGGUGCGGUAACAUUUUUUCCCACUACUUUGAGGAUAGAGCUUUAGCCAAGUUUAAGCAGCCGACGCUGGCCGGGUGGAAUCUUCUCCAGCGUCUCAACCGAGGACAUCCGCCGAGCCACGGCUGUUCUCAACCAGCGUGCGUCAGUGGGCCCCUCAGGCCCCUCCGGCCCCCCGCUGGUGCUGAGACAGGAUGAAGAGGUUCAGGCGACAUGGCCAGGAGUCCCAGAGGGAACGACUCAAACAGGAGCUCUUCCAGUUCAACAAGACGGUGGAGCACGGAUUCCCCCACCAGCCCAGCGCUCUGGGCUACAGUCCCUCCCUGCAGCUGCUGGCCAUCGGCACCCGAUCCGGGGCCAUCAAACUAUAUGGAGCUCCGGGUGUGGAGUUCAUGGGUCUACAUGACGAGAAUGCUGCCGUGACCCAGGUGCACUUCCUCCCCCAACAGGUGGAACUGGUGACCCUGCUGGAUGACAACAGUCUGCACAUGUGGACUUUAAAAGCUCACACGGGACUGUCUGAACUUCUGGAGAUCGGACGCUUCACUCUCACUGGACCACCUGGAGCCCCUCCCAGUGUGACCAGGGUGACGGCGGUGCUUGCUCACUCCUCGGGUGAGCUGCUGCUGCUGGGGACAGAAGGAGGCCACGUCUUCAUAGUGGAAGUCCCCGGGUUCAGAGAGCUGGAAGAGAGGAACAUCAGCCUGGACCAAGUGGCCAGCAGUGUGCCGGACAACUACACCUGCCGCAGGAAUCUGGAACACGUGGAGGCGCUGCAGGAGAACCCGGUGAACCCCAGCCAGGUCGUCAUUGGCUACGGACGAGGUCUCAUGGUCGUAUGGGAUCUGAAGAAACAGCGCGCCAUCCAGCACAUCCCCGGCACACAGCAACUGGAGAGCGUGUGGUGGACCGAGGACGGAGGCUACCUUCUCAGUUCGCACAAUGAUGGCAGUUACUGUAGAUGGACAAUGGGCAGCAAGGAUGUGGACGAGGAAGAUGUGAAAUCCGACAUUCCUUAUGGACAUUUCCCCUGCAAGGCCAUUUCGAAAAUAGUUCAGUUAUCUACAGAAGAAGGGCCUCCGUUCCUGCUGUUCAGCGGUGGUAUGCCCCGGGCCAGCUACGGGGACAGACACUGCAUCACAGUGAUCCACGGGAAGACACACGUGGCUCUGGACUUCACCUCCAGGAUCAUCGACUUCUUCGCCAUCAGGGGUGGACCACAGCACACAGGGGACCCCAGUGCGCUGGUGGUCCUGGUGGAGGAGGAGCUGGUAGUGAUCGACCUGCAGACGGAGGGCUGGCCGGUCAUCCAGACGCCGUACCUGGUUCCCCUCCACAGCUCCGCCAUCACCUGCUCGCACCACGUCUCCGCCAUCCCCCUCAAGCUGUGGGAGCGCGUCCUCGCCGCGGGGAACAUGCAGAGCACGCACUACUCCAAAAAGCCAUGGCCAAUAACGGGAGGACAGAACCUGGGCCCAGACCCUCCUCAGAGAGACCUGCUGCUCACCGGGCAUGAGGAUGGGACGGUGCGCUUCUGGGACGCAUCCGGGGUCUGUCUGUAUCCCUCGUAUAAGCUGAGCACAGCUGGAGUGUUCCACACAGACGCCGACCCCAAUGACAACAUGAACCAAGGCACCGAAGGAGAGUGGCCCCCCUUCAGAAAGGUAGGCUGUUUCGACCCCUACAGUGACGACCCACGGCUCGGCGUGCAGAAGAUCCAUCUUUGUAAAUACAGCGGUUACCUGACUGUAGCUGGCACAGCUGGACAGAUCCUGGUGCUGGAGCUGAACGACGAGGCGGCGGAGCAGACGGUGGAGGCUAAAGUCGUGGAUCUGCUGCAGGGCCAAGAGGGCUUCCGCUGGAAGGGCCACACGCAGCUGGACGUGCGAGAGGAGCCGGUGCUGUUUCCCCCGGGCUUCCAGCCUUUCGCUCUGGUCCAGUGCCAGCCCCCCGCCGUGGUCACCGCCCUCACCCUGCACUCUGAGUGGAAGCUGGUGGCCUUUGGCACCAGCCACGGCUUCGGCCUCUACGACUACCAGCAGAAGAACAAUGUCCUCAUCAAGUGCACCUUGAACCCCAGUGACCAGCUGGCCAUGGAGGGUCCUCUGUCCAGAGUGAAGAGCAUCAAAAAGUCCCUGCGGCAGUCCUUCAGGAGGAUCCGACGCAGCCGGGUCUCGCUAAGGAAACAUCACGUCAACAACGCCGCCAAGCUCCAGGACGCCAACGCUCGGCUGGAGGCCGAGCUGGCAGAGAUGGAGAUCGCUCCGGUCCAGAGGAAGAUCGAGGCGCGCUCCUCAGACGACUCGUUCACCGGCCUCGUGCGGACAAUCUACUUCGCAGACACCUUCCUCGCAGACAGUUCACAUAACACGCCGUCGCUAUGGGCGGGGACCAACGGCGGCUGCGUGUUUGCUUACAUGCUCCGCCUUCCUGCCGCAGAGCGGAGAGCGGACGAACCGGUCACCGCACAGCCAGCGAAGGAGAUUCAGCUCAUGCACCGGGCCCCCGUGGUUGGCAUCUUGGUGCUGGACGGUCACGGGGCUCCACUCCCCGAGCCCCUGGAGGUGGCCCAUGACCUGGCCCGCUCGCCCGACAUGCAGGGCUCACACCAUCUUGUGGUCAUAUCUGAGGAGCAGUUUAAGGUUUUCGGCCUGCCGAAGGUGAGCGCGAAGACGAAGCUCAAGCUGACGGCCAUGGACGGCUCCCGGGUGCGGCGGGUGGGCGUGGCCUGGUUCGGCAGCAGCCGGUCGGAGGACUACGGCGAGAGCGGCCUGGUGGUCCUGACCAACCAGGGCGACGUCCACGUGGUGUCGCUGCCGACGGUCAAGAUGCAGGUCCACUACCCCUGUGUGCGGCGAGAGGACGUCAGCGGCAUCGCUUCCUGCGUCUUCACCAAGCACGGCCAGGGCUUCUACCUGAUCUCUCCCUCUGAGUUUGAGCGCUUCUCCCUGUCUGCCCGGUGCCUGGUGGAGCCCCGCUGUCUGGUGGAGGCUCCGACCGACUCCUCCACCCAACGUGGGUCGCUGCUCGAUGGCGCUUCAUCUGCUCACAGAAUUACCAAACAGGAGAGCGAGGAUGCAGAAAGUGCAGCUAGACGUGUAAUGGAGCAUGCUUUGCUGAAUGACGAGCAAGUACUUCAGGAGAUCCAGAAGUCGCUGGAAGGAGAUCACACGUCGUUCCUGGAGAAUAAUGUGAAGAACGCCGUGGCUUGAGGCGUCCGCUGACACUUGAGAGUGAACUGACAACGCAUGAAGCGCAGCACUCGCCUCCUGCUCACCAACGCAACCACUACUGCCCCCCCCCCCCCCCCUCCUCACCUCAGUGACUGACCUCCCCACUCCAAGCUCCCACGAGACCCCCCACCCCCCCACACCGUGGAGAGACAGUGGAUGGCUCACUCCCUGUGCGGAUGGAGGGGCGACAGAACAGACACCACUUGUGCCUAAAGACUGUACCCAAUCAAUCACAGCGGCCGUUACCCCCCCGAAGCCACUUGACAUGUGACAGGAUCGAACCAGCAUCUCCCAUCUGCCCCCCCCCCCCCCUACUCCACACAGCCUUCACCACCAGCGGCCUUCUCACGGGGCCCCGGCUCUGUGCGGUCCCAGCGGCCUUCUCACGGGGCCCCGGCUCUGUGCGGUCCCAGCGGCCUUCUUCCGCCCACGUGGACGCUGCUGGAAGGAGGAUUUUAUUAAUGUUUGAAAAUAUUUUAUAGCUUGAAUUCUACACGAUUUGUGCCUACUUUUUAAUUUAUAAGAGCAAUACUGUGGAAGCCCAUUUCUGCCGGGAAAAGGAAAAAUGAACCUAGCAGUAAAACAUGAUUAAUAUUACAACUAAUUGACCGUACUAUGACAUUAUGGGCUGAAUUGUAGAAUCAAAAUACUUUAUUUGAUUCGACAUGAAAAACUAAGUCAUUAAGUAAAUUAAUGACAGAAAAUGUAUCUAAAUUGUUUUUUUUACACAAAUUUCAGGAAACUGUUUGAAUUUAAAGUUUGUUUUACUGUACCUUGGUAUGUCAAUAGCUUGUCUCAUCUUUGCUAUUUUAACAUUUAAAUGAGCUUCCAUAGUAUUCAAACUCUCACGUUGUCAAUGAUGCCUAAAAAAGAUACGCAAGUUGUUUAAUGGAAGCCGUGCUGGUGUGAAAAUGUUUUCAAAUCAUUCGGGUGGAGGCCCCCCCCCCCCCCCCCCCGUCCACUCUAUACCCUGUAACCUGCCACAGGUACGCCGUCACUACUGCGGAGCUCACAGUGCUGUACUAUUGGGGGGAGGGCAGCUUUCUAUGGGGUCUGAUUUUUAAUUAUUUUUUAUGUAAACCGUUUUUAUAUCCCAGCAAUGAAUGAUGUAAUUUAGGAAUGUAACUAAGCUAUUGUAGUGAAAUGUUAAUAUAUACAGUAUGUAUGGGACUCAGUCUGUACCUGUGGGCCUGUUGUGACUUGGGUUGGCUGCUAUUUAGAUCGUACAAGGAAAUAUUUUGGUACUGUGUCUCACAACGCUGGGUGUUUAGCAUCAGCCUAGAAUAUAUUUUUGUAGUGAACUGAUUAAGAACCCCUGUUUUUUUUUUUUUGUUGUUUUUUACUUCACACUACAGUUUUCUUGUGGAUGAUUAUUACAUGUUUUCUUUCCCCCAAGAAA